AUGAACUCGAGUUUGACACUCACUAGUUUUCUUCUGAAAACUACCUUCCCAAAUGUUGUUGGCUUUGUGGAUGGCACUAUGCAAAAAGCUUCCUGUCCAAGUUCUUACAAAGAUCAGAAACUGGUUUAUAACAGCUGGAAGCAUAUACAUUGUAUUAAGUACCAGACUAUUGCAAUACCCGAUGAUAUUACUAGCAGCUUGGUUGGUUCGUUCAUUGAAUCUACUCAUGAUGCUAGAAUAUUUGACAAGUCAAAAACAUUAGAUCGUCUAAUUGCGCAUCUUGAUCAUAUUUCCAAGGAUAACAAUGUUCCAUUCGAAUAUAUAGUAUAUGGAGAUAUGGCUUACCCUAAAUCAGAUAAAGUUUACAAAUCUUUUCCUUUAAGUGAAGCCAACAAUGAUAUUGAGAUAGAAUUUGGAAAGGUGUCGCAGUUAUUUAAAUUCUGCAAGUACAACUAUGGAAUGAAGAUAUUUGCAAACACAAAGCCAGCAACAAUAUACAUCCUGUCAACUCUUUUCAAGAACUCUCAUAUGUGUAUUAAUGACUCAGCAGGCUCUAAACUUUUUAAGCUUCAGCCGCCAAAUAUCCAUGAUUAUAUCAAAGGUCUUAUGUAUGAACGCCAACCAGGACACUAUUGA